CCUACUGUGAGCCUCCCUAAUGGAUUGACUUGUGUUCUUUAUGAUGAAUCGCUUCUCCAGACAACGCUAAGAUCGCCCUUCCCUCACGGCGACGGUUUCCGGUCACAACUCGCGUCUCGUCAAGUUCAACACGUCAAACGACACCCAGGUUGCGUCCCAAUUCCCAUACCUUGCUUAUAGAGAAUGGGGCAUCCACGUCAAGGGUAUGGGCAUCCGCUUCAGCGCGAAACAGCUCACUACUGCUGAGGAAGUCAUCAAACGCAAGAUAAAGGCCGUCAAAGGCGCGAAAGUCUAUCUCAGGGUUUUCCCUGGUAUUCUGGUUUGCAUCAACCUCAACUUGAAGGUACAUCUAGCUGAGCUAGACAGCACUUUUACAAAGUCUGUUCGUCGACUUUGACUCGUGCCUCUCCGAACUCAAGAGAAAUGAAACUUGUGUGGGAAAGGAAAAGGGAUGUUCGAGUUCUGGGCUACUCGCGUACCCACCGGUCGUGUCAUAUUUGAGAUUGAAGGCACGCCACUAAGAGAGGAGUUGGCACGCGAAGCUUUACGCCAAGCGGCAGACAAGUUCCCGACCAUGAUGGAGUUCAUCACCCGUUCAACGCCGCCUAGAUUAGGAAAUUUAGUUCUACAUCCUGCCUCCAUUACUGCAGACUGUUGAGACAUCGUAGCGCUGUUUCGUUCAGUUUGGAACACAUUCAUAUUGGAUUACAAGGUUUUGUACAGAGCCAUUAGAUUUGUAUCAUGCCCAUUUGCUCAAGGUAAUCCCCUACCACUAUUAAUCGCAUUGGCCACCUGACUCGUAUUCGGACGAUUGAAAACUCACCGCUCAUAACUGUCCAAAUACAGCUCCUCACUACUACAAGUCCUCUUAAACGCAGGAUCCUCAAAAAGCC